CGAUUCUCAGUCUCCGGGAGUCAGUUCUGAAAAAGCUGCGCAACCGACCAACCCUACGAGAAAGAGCGCGGUUGGUUUGCCGAUAGUCAGCUGUUUUUUAUUUUAUAACAAUAAAUGUGUGUGUGUGCUUUUAUUAUACGGACGCUAAUAUUUAGAGUUUUGAAACAUUACGAUGGCCUAAUACGUCGUAAUGCAAUAAAGUUUCUCUUGUCAAUACCUGCUCUUUGGCACUUUCGAUAAAACCGAAAAAUUCAACUUUCAAAAUCUCGCGCCACCGACAUUUCGAUUAUAUAUAUUUACGCACGCGCAGCAUCCCCUGACCCCUGCGUAUGUGUCAAAAGAGAAUAUCAUCCGCACACACAGUGCGUCAGCUAACGGAGGUUAGGACGUCAGCAGCAUCCCCCGGAUCGUAGGUCCGACCCGACCCCCCUCACAGCUGGCGGACGCGACAUCCACGUCUUCCCCGUCGGUUUUCCUCGAGUCAGCUCGGGCACUAGGUCGCCAGGAUGCGUCCGCCGACCUGCUGCUGCUUCGUCUUCCUCUGCCUCCUGUCCGUCGUCGAGUUCAGCUCCAGGUCGAGGGCUGCCUCCGCACACAUACACACGCAACACGCCAAGAACGCCGGCAGCAGGGAACGCACGGAGGAUGGCGCCUUCAGCCCCAGGGACAGCAGCCACUACGUCGGCGGCGAGCAUCACCAGGAAUUCGAUCACGAGGCUAUUCUGGGUAGUGUCAAAGAGGCCGAGGAGUUUGACAAACUCCCGAUCGAAGAGUCCAAGCGGAGACUGAGAAUUCUGCUGAACAAAAUGGACUUGAACGGCGACCAAUUUAUCGAAAGAAACGAAUUGAAAGCAUGGAUUCUUCGCUCUUUCAAGAUGCUGUCGGAUGAAGAAUCAAAGGACAGACUAGAGGAUGCCGAUGCAGAUGGUGAUGGGAAAGUCACUUGGGAAGAAAUUGUACAGGAUACUUAUGGUUCUGACCCAGAGGAUUUAGCUCUAGAAGACAAGCUCAUUGAAAAUGAUAAGGCUACCUUCAACGUAGCCGACCUCAAUGGAGAUGGUUAUUUGGAAGGCGAGGAGUUCAAAGCCUACACUCACCCAGAAGAAACACCAAGAAUGCUGGACCUCAUUCUGAAGCAAGCUUUUGUUGAUUACGACAAAGAUAAAGAUGCCUUCAUCAGCUUUCAAGAGUUUUUAGGAGACAGAGCCGACGGGCAGGACAAAGAGUGGCUUCUUGUGGAAAAAGAAAAAUUCGAUCAUGUGUAUGAUACAAACAACGAUGGUAAAUUGGAUAUUACUGAGGUGCACGCGUGGCUUGUCCCAAGUAAUGAGGAUAUUGCAACUGAUGAGGUUGAUCACUUGUUCGCUGCAUCGGACGACGAUCAUGACGAUAGAUUAUCCUUUGACGAAAUACUAGAACACCACGAUGUAUUUGUGGGAAGUGAAGCCACCGAUUAUGGUGACCAUUUACAAGAUAUCGAACGCUUCCAGGAUGAACUUUGAGAUUUGAUGGAACCUACAUUUCUAGUAUUUUCCAACUACUACAAGAUCCCCCGCAAGAAGAAACGUCUAAUAGCAUUUACGAUAUUUUUUAAUGCCUGUGCUCUAUGUUUUAUUUAUUAUUUUAUGUUCCUAUAUGUAUAUGGUAGUUAAAGAUUGAGUGUGACCAUAAGAGCUCCAUUCAAAUGCAAUAACAGAAUGUGUUGUAUUAACACUAGGUGGAAACAGUAUUUAUAAAAUUUGUGAACAAAAAACCUUCGUCUUCCAAGGUUUCUACACUUCAUGUGCCAUACUUUUUUCUCGUCAUUUAUAAUAUUUAGAUUUUCUAAUCGACGGUAUUCUUGGUUAUUUUAAAUUUGUAUUAAUGAACACCAUUUGCAUGCAUAAUCACUUUGAUAUUGUUCACUUGAAUUAUGACAAAUUAUAACUCAUGCCUUAUGCAUUCUAAUACAAAACUUAUUUGAAUAAGCACAUGUUAUUUAUUAAUUUAUGAUUAUUCAAGCAUUCUAAUUUAUUCGACAAUGAACGAAGUAAUCAUGUCCAGAAUCUAGAGUACAAUGCAAUUUUGAACAUACUCUCUAGCAUAUAAUAACGAUCAAAUAUUUUUUAAUAUGAGAUAAAUUUAUUUUACUAACGCAUUUUUUAAUGUAUACAUACUACUUUUUGACGAACCAAAUGUAUAAACUAAUAUUCACUAAGUGUCGACUUAAUAAUAUGUUGUGUUCAAAGCAAAAUUACUUGAAUAGAAUAAUUUCUGGGGAAAAAAUUGGUUUGUAUACGCACAUAAUGAAUUCAAAUACCUGUAAUAAAAAUUUUACGAAACUGAAAA